AUGGGAAAUCGACAAGGAGGUUCGCGUAUGAAAACGCGUAGUAACAAAUAUAAAUAUCCAAAUAAUAAUUACAGCAAUGGAGUAACAAUAAAAGGUGCUAAUGGAAAUAAUAGUGAACAACCGUAUUCAGCUCACACAAACGGCUAUAAUCAACAUCCAAAUUAUCUCUAUGGACAAAGUUAUGGGCAACAAAAUCUCGGGCAUCAAAUGAAUAAUUCACACAUGCAAAAUACAACGCAUCCAAUACAAUAUCAACAAAAAAAUAAGGCCAUGAAUGGCAACAAUCAUUUGAACAAAGCUAUUUAUGUGGCAAAUUAUGACUUUAAUGGAAAUGCACAAACUGGUGAAUUAAGUUUUGUCAAAGGAGAUCAAUUAAAAAUUCUCGAUCGAACUACUUUUAAUGAUUGGUGGCAAGCUAAAAAUUUACGUACAAAACGUGAAGGUUUUGUACCUGCUAAUUAUAUAUCAGCUAUUAAUGAUUUAACAGCAUACGAAUGGUAUUUUACGGAAACAAAUCGUCGUGAUGCUGAACGAUUUCUUGAACAACCACAUAAUGGUAAAGGUACAUUUUUAAUUCGUCCAUCCGAUUCGAAUCAAGGUCAAGAAUCAUUAUCCGUUUUGGAUUUAAGUAAAGAUAAACAUUUUCAUGUUAAACACUAUCGUAUACGUCGAACCAAUCAAGGAAUGUAUUAUAUUAGUAGUAAAACUGUCUUUUCAGCUUUACAAGAUCUGGUUGAUCACUAUCAAAAUAAUGCUGAUGGUCUUUGUUGUUUAUUAACGCGUCCUUGUCGAAAAAUUGAACCAACAGUUCCAGCUGAUCGUGGUGGUUUAUUAGAAUUAGAUCGUUCACAACUUAAACGUAUUGGACUAAUUGGCAAAGGAAAUUAUGGUGAAGUUUAUAAAGGCAAUUAUGGUCAGCGGGACGUUGCAAUUAAAUGUAUGAAAACUGAUGGUAAAAAUCGACUAUGCAACGUGGACAAAUUUCUUGAUGAAGCUAAAAUCAUGAAAGAUCUUAUACAUAAAAAUAUUGUUUGUUUAUAUGGUGUUUGCACACGAGAAGAGCCAAUAUUUAUUGUUACCGAAUAUUUAACGAAUGGCUGUCUGCUUAAUUAUUUACGGGAUGGACAAGGAAAAGAUUUGAAAUUUAAAACAAUAUUAGAUUUUGCUGCACAAAUUGCAAAUGGUAUGGCAUUUCUUGAGAAAAAACGUUAUGUUCAUUGUGAUCUUGCUGCUCGAAAUAUUCUUGUUGGUGAACUCGAUGUAGUUAAAAUAGCUGAUUUUGGUUUGGCUAAAAUUUUACAAGGUGGCCGUUUAUUGGUCGAUCGUGAAUCUCAAUUUCCUAUAAAAUGGACAGCACCCGAAGCAGCAACAAAAAAAGAAUAUACAACGAAAUCUGAUGUAUGGAGUUUUGGUAUUCUUCUUUAUGAAUUAAUUACACAUGGUUCAAAUCCGUAUCCUGGCAUGUCAAACAAUGAAGCAUUGCAAGCAGUGCUAAAUAAUUAUCGCAUGCCAAAACCAAACGAUUGUCACGAACAUUAUUAUCAAAUAAUGUGUUCUUGCUGGCAAGAAAAUCCCGACAAUCGUCCAACAUUCGAAGCUCUUUAUGUUCGUUUCGACGAAUUUAUGAUUCAGGCAGAGCCAAGCUAUCGGGAAACGUGA